AUAAUUUCUAAAGUAAUGGAUAGUGUGAAGAAUGGAGGAGGGGGAGGAGGGGGAGGAGGGGGGUUAUGGAGGGUGUUAUAUGUUAUAUUAUUGGGUCAAUUAGUUUCCUUUUCAAUGGCCCUUAUGAGCUUUAAUUCUUCUCUUUCUGCUAAUCUUGGUGUAAAUGCUCCCUUUACUCUUGCAUUUUUCGCUUAUUUGGCUUUAACUUUGGUCUUCGGAAGCAUCUUUCUGUAUCGUCGUCAAAAGCUACAUAUUUCAUGGUAUUGGUAUCUCCUCUUAGCAUUUAUAGAUGUCCAAGGCAACUUUCUUGUUAACAAAGCAUACCAGUUCUCAUCAAUUACAAGUGUGACAAUACUCGAUUGUUGGACAGUUGUUUGGGUUAUAAUUCUCACUUGGCUUUUUUUGGGCACAAAGUAUUCCAUUUGGCAGUUCUUUGGGGCAGCUCUUUGUGUUUCAGGGCUAUGUUUAGUGCUACUGUCAGAUUCCGGGGUUGGUGGUGGAGGUGGCUCCAAUCCUAUUCUUGGUGAUGUAAUUGUGAUUGCAGGGACAUGUUUUUUUGCAUUUAGCAAUGUUGGUGAGGAAUUUUGUGUUAAAAGAGCUGGCCGGGUUGAAGUUAUUACCAUGUUUGCCUUAUUUGGAUUGCUUGUGAGCAUGUUGGAGAUAGCUAUAUUUGAGAGGAAGAGUCUCGAAGUGGUCUCUUGGUCCCCGGAAGUUAUUUUAACUUUCGCUGGUUUUGGAUUAGCAGGGUUUAGUUUCUCUUCUUUGACCCCUGUUGUUCUACAGGCAAGUGGAGCCACACUAUUCAAUCUCUCGUUACUCACAGCUGAUAUGUGGGCAGUCGUCAUUCGUGUGUUUUUAUACCACCAAAAGGUGGACUGGUUAUACUAUGUGUCCUUUCUAUUUGUUGGCAUCGGCCUUGUCAUAUACUCCAAAACGGAGAAGCCUUCUAACGAGCUACCAAAACUCGAGAAUGGUGACCCUGACCAACCGUACCAGCUGAUACCAGGGGAAGCCAUCCGAGUGUAGAGUUAAUUCCUCGGUGCAUUAAAAAUAGACUUGUGAUAGGAUACUGUAGCUAGUUGCGACUUGCAACGAAACGAUAAUGGUUUCAUUUUACAUACGCCUCCAGUUUCACCUCCGUACAAGUAGCUGCAUUUUCCUUGUAAUAAGUUGUAUCUCCAGUUUCAUCCACUUUUCCAAUUGGGGUAGUAGGGCAAGAAGAAAAUACACCCCUUUUUAAAAGCAUCUCAAUUAAUUCCUUUUGGAUAUAAUUUUGUCAUUUUCUUCAACAAAGUAUAUAUCACGAAUUCACGAUA